AUGUUGCAAACAACAUCCUGUUUUCUCGUUCUUUUAUUGUCUACGGUCAAUGGUCAGCAACAGAGACAAGUUCUGUAUUCUAGACUGGUGGACGAGGUGACUGACUACUCUUUAUCUGUGCUCUAUGGGAGAGAAGAGCAUUUUCCCCAUUGUGCAGAACUGUGUUUUGAGGAUGACUACUGCAUGGAGUUCCUUUACAGCGAAACAAGUAGACAGUGCAUUGGACUUCAUUAUUUUAAAAAGAGAAACUACUCUUACAAGAAUGUUGUCCCGCUUUCUACCCGAAUGCUACACUUUAAAAGAGAGUUUAACUGGAUAGAGCAUUCUGGGCACUUUUAUUACUAUGGAGGUAAAGACAAUAAACUCACAUGGCCAAAGGCAAAGUUUGAAUGCAAGAAAAUGGGUGCACACUUGGUGGAAAUUGAAGGCAAAGAAGAAUCUGAUUGGCUAGCGUCUGAAUUUAUCAUGAGAGACGAUUGUUCUCCUCACAUGAACGAGACAUGUACAGCUUGGACAGGAGGACACGAUCGUUCCACUGAGGGCCAAUACAUGAGGGUCCAUUCGAACACGUCUCUUGAGUUUACUAACUGGAAUCCAUCCGAACCAAGCUUUGGUAAUUGGAGUGACUGCAUUGAUAUUUUACGUAAUGGAAAAUGGAACGACAGACACUGCUGGUUUUUGAAUUCGUUUAUUUGUGAGAGAAAUAGUGUUCACAUUUAG